UUAAAAUAUUGAGUUAAUCUAAUCCAAUUUAGCUUCAAAGUUUACUCAAAUUGACUCUCGAAUAGCAAAAAAUACCAUAUAAUUUGGGACAGAGGGAGCACCAUUUUUGUACUUUGAUCAGCUAUAUGGAGUUUGCAUAAGAUUGUGUCUGGCCUCCAUUAUUUUUGGCUCUAUUAGGAGGAUCACAAGGAUGCUCUCUCAUGGAAAUUAUCGGGACAGUAGAGAAACGCGAGCGGCACGUUCUAUUUUAUAACAUUCAAAAUUGUUAACCUUUGUCUAUUAUUGAAGUUCCAAUCAGCGUCUUCACAUGUUAUAAUGUGCUUAAUCUACUCACCAAAUGGCAAUGCGGUUUCUAGACAAUCAAAUAAAGGAUCUUAUACAUGGUAAGGGUUAUACAUAUCCAUUUGACUAAUAUAUUAGCUUUUUCUUUUCAGCAUGAAAUCAAUAUUUGAAAGAUACAAUGAAGAAAAGGAACACCAUCAAUUGUUGACUCCCUCAUCGGAAGCCAAGUUUUGGAGGACGGAGGCAGAAAGGUUGAGACAGCAGUUGGACGAUGUUCAAGAGAACUACCGGAGACUGAAGGGUGAAGAACUUUCUGGCAUGAGACUAAGCGAUCUCCACAAUCUGGAAAACGAACUGGAGAUGAGAUUAAAGAACAUCCGCAUUAAAAAGGAAAAAAUGUUAACUGAUGAGAUAGAAGAAUUAAAUCGAAAGGGAGCCCUUAUCGGUCAUGAAAAUAUAGAAUUGUCUAAGAAGGUCACUCUCAUCCACCAAGAAAACAGAGAACUUCAAAAGAAGGUUUAUGGAAAAGAAGAGGGAAGUUGCAGUGUACAACCUUCAGGAAAGGAAUCAUGUCUUCCGUUUCAUCUUCAACAAAACGAGCAACAACAAAAUGUCAAUAAAACAGUACCAGAAUGCGAAAUUAGUUUGGGGUUACAACUGCAGUAGCUCAAAUCGCUGAAGACCAUUCAAGGAUGCCAGUUAAAGUCUAGCAGAAAGCAUGGCCAAAGUUAAGGCCACCAAAAUACUAUAGUAGCGGAGAGAAUAUAUACAGAUGUUUUAACAUCCAAAAAGUAUAACUCAAUGAUGCUAUAAAACUUGGUUGGAUAAGCAACUUGCACGUCUAAAUUAUGUUGUGCUUGUAUUACCCGUACGUGAACUUCUUUUUCAGUGCCUAUCACCCUCUCGUGCCAGGCAUGGCGAAGCCAUGUGGCAAAGAGAGUAGUUUCACAUCUAAACUAUGUUGUGUUUGUAUUACCCGCGAACUUUCGGUGCCUAUCACCACCCUCUUGUGCCCGCUGGCGAAGCCAGGUGGCAAAGAGAGUAGUUUCACCUCCUUCUUGUCGCGUGGGAGCGAAAAAAAAAGUGUAAAUGAGCUUGCACGUGACUUUUUGUUCGAAUAACAUUUGUCACAUGAUCAUAUACAAUAAACUAUUUGUUUAGGCAGUAUAAUUUUUUCAUGUUUUUAUUC